AUGUCGGGGAAGAAGAACCAAGAAAAACCUUGCAGUGACAACAAGCAGAUGGAAGAUACUACGUCGUCUUCUUCUAGGCUUGAGGUACAGGUUCCUGUCAACUAUGUGUAUCGCCUACUGCAGGAGGAGCAGUAUACCCCCUGUCUAGGUUCCACCACUUCAGAUUUCCUCCUUGCCAUGCUUGAUUACCUUACCGACUACAUGCUGGAGGUGGUGGGCUCCGAAGCCAGCAUCACCAGCCAACAAGACAGUCCUCAAAACGGAGAGAGACGAGGAGACAACAACUGUGAACCCUCUCAGGCCUUCAAGAACGCACCUUUCUCUCUGUUUGAUGAGAUACCUGGACCCAGAAGGAAUGGCUGA